CGCUGCUAGUUUAGCUAGCAAGCUAGUCCUUUACAACUGAACGUUUCGAUAAACGUGAGCACCAACAUGCUUCUCCAGACGGUCAGGCCGUGGUUGUUUCGUUGCAGGGGUUUACCCUCGGCUUGCACACGGUCUUACUACGCCGACAAAGUCGCCCGACUCGGGUCUCAGCCGGAUAAACAAUCUUCUGAGUAUCAGGAGAAUUAUGAGCGGAUGCAAGCUCUUGUUGAUGAACUUAAGUGCCGGACGGAGAAGAUUAAAUUGGGUGGGGGAGAAAAAGCCAGAAGACUUCACACUUCUCGAGGGAAACUCCUGCCUAGAGAACGUAUAGACCGACUGCUGGAUCCAGGGACUCCUUUCUUGGAAUUCUCUCAGUUUGCAGCAUAUGAAUUGUAUGGAAAAGAGGAAGUCCCAGCUGGCGGUAUACUUACUGGGAUUGGCCGGGUUUCAGGGGUGGAAUGUGUUAUUGUUGCAAAUGAUGCUACUGUCAAAGGUGGAACAUACUUCCCAGUUACAGUGAAGAAACACCUUCGUGCACAAGAGAUAGCACAGCAGAACCACUUGCCAUGCAUUUACUUAGUGGAUUCAGGCGGUGCCAAUCUUCCCAGACAGGCUGAAGUCUUUCCUGACAGAGAUCACUUUGGACGCAUUUUCUUCAACCAGGCCAGACUGUCUUCAGAGGGAAUAGCGCAGAUUGCUGUUGUGAUGGGCUCCUGCACAGCUGGAGGAGCGUAUGUACCUGCCAUGGCAGAUGAGAGCAUCAUUGUGCGGAAGCAAGGAACCAUUUUCCUCGGAGGACCUCCAUUGGUCAAAGCUGCCACUGGGGAGGAAGUUUCUGCAGAGGACCUUGGUGGUGCUGAUCUUCACUGCAAAAAAUCUGGUGUGACCGACCACUACGCUUUAGACGAUAACCACGCACUCCAUUUAGCAAGAAAGGCGGUGAGAAGCCUCAACUACAAGAAAAAUAUUGGGGUCACCACCGAACCUACUGAAGCCCCGCUGUAUCCUGCAGAUGAACUCUAUGGCAUAGUCGGAGAUAACUUGAAACGCAACUUUGAUGUCAGAGAGGUCAUCGCUAGAAUUGUAGAUGGCAGUAAAUUUGAUGAGUUCAAGGCUUUCUAUGGAGACACACUUGUUACAGGAUUUGCAAGAGUAUUCGGUUACCCUGUCGGAAUCAUUGGCAACAAUGGAGUCUUGUUUUCAGAGUCUGCGAAAAAGGGAACACAUUUUAUCGAAUUAUGCUGCCAAAGAAACAUUCCACUCAUUUUUCUUCAAAACAUAACAGGCUUCAUGGUUGGUAGAGAGUAUGAAGCAGGAGGAAUUGCCAAGGAUGGAGCUAAGAUGGUAACUGCUGUUGCCUGUGCCAAUGUACCCAAGAUUACCGUUAUCAUCGGCGGCUCCUAUGGUGCAGGAAACUACGGCAUGUGCGGCAGAGCCUACAGCCCCCGAUUCUUAUACAUGUGGCCAAAUUCCCGAAUCUCUGUAAUGGGUGGUGAGCAGGCAGCCACCGUCCUGGCCACCAUCACCAAGGAUCAGAGGGCACGCGAGGGAAAGGAGUUCACAGCAGAACAAGAAGCUGCCAUGAAGAAACCGAUAGUGCAGCGGUUUGAAGAGGAGGGCAGUCCUUACUACUCAAGUGCCAGACUGUGGGACGACGGGAUUAUCGAUCCCGCUGAUACUCGUAUGGUUUUGGGACUGAGCCUCAGUGCAGCACUGAAUGCACCAACACAGAAGACACGCUUUGGAGUGUUCAGGAUGUAAUGCUCAUGUAGGCUGUACAGGUAUAGAUCUACCUGUCAGAGUUGGACAUGUACUGUGCUUAAAGUAGUAUUUGUAGUUUUCCUUGUGUCACAUUAUUUAGAGCAACAAACACAGAAAAAGAUGAAAAAUCACUGAAGUAGAAUCACACAACCUCGGAUCAGUGGGGAUGUGAUUGGAUGGUGUGCUGCUGUUGUGGGAUAUUUCCACCAAUGAGUUGUGCCUUAACUGUUACUGUUCCGGUGUAAAUGCAAACUGUACUCCUCCCCCUCAUACUUGGAUUGUUUUCUUAUUUUAUUUUUAUUUUUCAAUCAGAUACUGUAAAUGAUGAAUUUUGAAAAAUACAUGAAAACACAAGUUGCUAUCUUUUUAUUCAGGACCACUACUGGUGAGCAGAAUAUCAGAGGAAAACAACCUUCAUGAGGGGGCGCUGUUUAGCUAUAAAUAUCUGAUUGGCCACAGAGGGAUGGUAGAAGAAACCUUUUUCAAACUAAAUGCUUUUGUUCUGGUAUUGACAGAGGAGCUGUUUUUAGGGAAACCAAAAUUUUCUGAAGAUGGCAAAGCUCAGUGUAAUUAUCUCUAUAUACACACUUAGAGUAAAAUCUUUGGUCCAGAGGCACUAGUGGGUUUUUUAUGCCUUCUCAGCCAGCCUAAUGUUUGCUUUUCAUGUUAAUAAUUGUUCAAAUAUUGUGUUAUAGCAGGCGGGAAUAGGAUGUAGUCUUACAGAUUGCAUGCUGCAGGCAGAGAGUGCUGUGUACCGAAGCUGAGCCACUGAGAAAGAGUGCUUAACUUUACCAGCUGGCCACCCUGUCCUUCCCUCUCUCCCUCCCUCUUUUCCAUUUUGUCAAUUUAUCUCUUUAACUGAACAUACUGCACACAGUUGGUAUGCUCACAUAUUGGUAUAGACCAUCUUGAGUUCACUUUGGCAACAAGUUCCAUUUUUUCCCUCUAUAGGACUUUUAGUGGCCGGGGAUUAGGUGCAGCAGUGGAUUUGAAUGUUUGAAUGUCUCCCCAUGAAGCCAGCUGGGUAAAAUGCUUAACGUGAAGCCCUUCAUGCUCCUCUGUGUAUAACUGUGUGGCUUCGACACUGAGGCUGUGAAGAGCCUCACCUUAGGGAAAGGCAGAAAUAACUCAGCCCAUGGUGUGUGCGUGUGUGCGUGCGAGCGUGCGUGUGUGCGAGCGUGCGUGCGUGCGAGUGUACGUGCGUGCGCCACACACAUACUACACCACCUCCUACCACCAGUUUUUAAAACUGGUUUGCUAGUUAUGCUUCAUCUUGUUCCACCAAAUGUGACUGGGAUCAUUACCAAACAGCAUGAACCAGUUUAAAAAGUUUGGAUUUCAUUGAAGUGAGAGAAACUGUCCAAAGAUGUUGAGAUCUAAUGUUUCUGAAAAGUCUUGUCUCAUGCGAUAAAAGAAAAAGGCAGCAGAAAAUGUUGUAUAUCAAUCAAUUAGGGGGAUUUAUAAAGAUCAAGGGUUUUACUUAAGAUUGAUGACCUAACCUUUCUGUCUGACUGUGACUGCUCUUAAUUGCAGUAAUAAUCACUCACUGAGUGGCCUCCUUUUACUGGAGGACGAGGUCGUCCUUUUGUCUUGUCAGAAUAUCUGGCAAGCUUGUGAUUCGAUGUCGAGUGUUUUGGCUUUGAGGUUGUACACCACUUCACAACUUAGAGGAUGACAGCCUUCCCCAGCAUACACUGGAUUUAAUGGCAAUCAGGUUGCCAGACACACAGACAGAUGCUCUCAUUAACAGCUGUGUGCAGUCAGCGUGUCCAAACUUGAAUGUCUAAGGCAGCAGGAGAUUUGAGGGGGAAUGAUAAGGGCUUGUUAGCAAUGUGACCAAGAUGUGACCCCCUUGUUAACCUGCUAUCCCUCUCCAUCCAUCUAUUGUCCCCCUCCCCUUUUAAGAAAUUAACACAUCGCUUACUGGUCUUUGGACUAAAACCCCCAAAGCAGGAAUUUAGCAUUGAAAGGGUCAAGUGUUAGACCCGGCACUCACCUUUUGAGCAAAACUUUUCCUCUUUGAAAUCCCAUUUUGUGUCCAGGAUAUAUCAGCGUAGUGUAUCUUUUAAGUGUUACUGCAUUAUAAGGAUAAGUAUCUACAGCUAAAGAGGGACAUACCAAGCUGCUUCAAUCAGACUGAUAACCCUUUUCAAUCAACAUGGAACAUAUUACGUUCCAGUUCCUGCACCUAAAUUUAAAUCAUCAGAACAUUUCAACUAAAAAUUAAUUUGUUCACAACCAAAAAGAAGGUUCUCAGCUGGAACCAAAAAAUAGCAUUUUUCUCAACCUAAAAUGCUACUUAAAAUGACAUCAGUGGGCUUGUCAUAUUCACCAGGUUAGAGAAAGAGAAUGGAGAUGGCAACAAUGAGGAUGUCGAGUGAGAAAUCGUUAGACAAAAGGAGCGUUCAGUAGUUUCAUUAAUGGUUGGUUCAUGCUUGGGUUUUUUGUGGGGGUAAAAACAAAUAUUUGUAAUAAAAGAACAAAAGUUUGCAGGUGAUCAAUGUGAUCUGGGAUUUGCUAAGGCUGAUACUUACCUUGUCCAUUGUGCAACGCCCUCCAUCAAUGACACACCCUUGAUUACGCUUGAUUACAAAACUGGUUGAAACACAGGCUGGUUUGCUAGAUUUCACAAAUGUUCCAGAAAUCCUGAAUGGAACUGGCCCAAUAACCAGAGCCAGUUUGGAAGAAAAGGGUUUUCUGUGUAUCCAGACUUAACUGUCUUAGGCAGAAGGCGAUUUGAGGGUGGAUGAGGAGAUACCAUCCCCCUUGUUAGCAAAACGACCAAAUUGUGUCUCCCUUGUUAACCUGCCAUCCCUUUCCAUUGGGGUCUGGGUCGGGACACAGACUUAGCUAAAUCCAAACUUAUAAUCGAGUUGUCCCCCUUUAAGAAAUUAACAAAUUGCCUUCAGGUCUUGGGACCAAAACCUCAAAAGCAUGAAUUCAAAGGGCUCAAGUAUCAAAUGUGACGCUAACCUUUUGAAGACCACAAGGCUAUUUCUCUUAGAAAUCCAUUUUGUGUCCAUGUCUUAUCAACACUGUAUCUUUAAAGUGCCACUGCAUUACAGGGAUAAAUAGUGUCUACAGAUAAAGAAGGACACACCAGGCUGCUUCAGUCAGACACAGUGGAGCUGUAUUCUAGUUGAGCUGAUGAUUGCUGCACUUAAUGGCGAGGCCAGCCGUACACAAUAGGUUGCUAUGCGUGGGUCUUGGUAUCCAGGGCAUUUUUGCAACUUUGAAUGAAACUUGAGAGUAAACUUUGACUGCUGCCAGCUCUAUGCUAUCAGCAUUCUUGCUGCAUUGUUCCAUACCCUAAUCAAAUUACAGGAUUAUAUUACUCCACACACCUUAGAUGUGUUCUCAGAAUCCACCUAAUUUCUCCUCACUUGGUAACUGAAAUGGACUUUACGUAAUCGUUGUUGUUGAUUUUUAGUUCUUGAAAGGAUGGGAAUGAAUAAUUGUCUGAAAUUGUGUCAAGUCUGAAGUCUUCCAGUUAAGGUAAACAAACAAACAAACAAAAACAGUAUAAACUCUUGGUCUUGAAUAGGAUUCUGUUUUGUAGGGAUGCAUAAUAAUAUCGGCACGACAUCGGCAUUGGCAGAUAACAGCUUUAAAAUGAAAUAUCGGCAUAGGUCUGAGAUAACUUUUCUGUCGAAAUGACAGGCUGAUAAUGAGGCCUUAAUGUUACUGUAAUUAGUUGAAAUAGGUCAGAUUUGCCGUUUUUCUGGCUCUUCGAAGGAUUGUAUGAAGGGCGUAACUAACCGAGCUGACAUCUGAGAACUAGGUGUAAAACAUGCUGUAUUUUUAUUCUUAUGUAACAAAUUUUAAUCAGAAUUGUAUUUUUGACUUGAUAUUUUCUGUGAUAAGGCUGAAAAGUUUUUGUGCAUAUAUCGUUUCUGGCAUUGGCAAACGGCCAAAAUGUGUUAGGAAAUAUCAGCAUACCAGAUUUUGUUGACCUUCCCGUGGAGGCCAAGUGGAAGAUUUGAUCCAUCUCAGAUCAAUAAACUAUCAAAACAUCCCUGCCAGUCUGCAAAGAGC